AUGCCCUUCGGCGAGGUCGUGUGUGGUGCACCAGGUAGCGGUAAAUCGACGUACUGCUACGGAAAGCAUCAACUAUUCACUGCAUUCCAACGGCCCAUUUCCAUCGUCAACCUCGACCCAGCGAACGACUCUUUGCCAUAUCCAUGUGCGAUUGACAUUUCCGAGCUCAUCACCCUCCACGAUGUUAUGGACAAGUUCGGUCUUGGACCUAACGGGGCCAUGCUUUACUGUAUGGAGUAUCUCGAAGCAAACUACGAUUGGCUUGAGGAAAAGCUGAAGGACCUCGGAGGGGAUGCAUAUGUGCUCUUCGAUCUUCCAGGGCAAGUCGAGUUGAGCACGAACCACGAGAGCGUGAAGCACAUCGUGGAGAAGUUGACGAAGUCUGGCUUCAGGUUGGCCGCUGUGCAUCUCUGCGACGCCCAUUAUAUCACAGAUGCUUCAAAGUACAUCUCAAUUUUGCUCCUAUCCCUACGUGCAAUGCUGCAACUCGAACUGCCACACAUAAACGUGCUAUCAAAGAUCGAUUUGCUGGGUCAAUAUGGUGACCUGGAAUUCAACCUCGACUUCUACACCGAGGUUCAGGACUUGAGCUACCUCGCCAACAGCCUUUCUUCCUCACUUCCACCACGUUUCGCGGCGCUCAAUAUAGCCCUGAUAUCCCUCGUUGAAGAUUUCUCUCUAGUCGGCUUCGAAACGCUCGCAGUGGAGGACAAAAGUUCAAUGCUCAACCUCACUCGAGCAAUCGACCGCGCAAACGGCUACGUCUUUAUCCCCAAGCCCGUACCUGGGAACCCUUCUGGUCCGCCUGGCACGGUAAAUGCGCCCAAUUUACCGCCAAGUGCCCGUCCGAACACCUACGCUCUGUUUUCGAGUGCAGCCGGUCCAUUGAAGGGACCAGGUGCGCACGCUCGAGAUAUUCAGGAAAGGUGGAUAGAUGAGAAGGAAGCUUACGAUGCCUUUGAGAAGAGAGAGUGGAGGAAAGAGGGCGAGAUGAUACGGGACGCGGAGGCGAGGAGGAAGGCAGCCGAAGAAGUGGCGAAGAAGAAAGAAGGCACCGAACGGCAAAGGGGUGGAAUCAGGAUAAGGGAGAGAAAGGAUCCACAGAAGGAUAGGCUUCACAACCAGAUGGACGUGUCAGAGGGAUAA